GUUUUGUGACCUAUACUCAUUGUCAGUUCCGCACUGCAAUAGAAACAGUUCGCUAUUUUUAGUUGAAUAUAUAGGUUAUACGCUAUUCUAAUCAUAAUCUAUAAAGUGACGACUCAUAAUCUACAAAAUGAAACAAAACUAAAUGGAUGUAUAGUAACAUGCUACAAGUUAAAAAAUAAUGUUGUACAUAAUUAUUAAUUUAAAGAAAAAAUUACCGUAUUUGAACCUCGAUAUUCAUGAAUAUAUUUGUAAAAAGAAAAUAUAAUCGGGGUGCUGUAACUUAGUUCAAUUUGUUACUAAGACAUCAUGACACUUACACCGAAAGAUUUAACAAAAUUAUUGGAUAUCCUCGAAGAAGAAAAUCUAGAUACGAGUUUGGAGAAUCUUUGCAACCAGUUACAUCAAACAUUUUCAAAAGAAGAUCGGUUCAAAGUAGGAAUGACAUUAGUCCUCCUUUUACAACAUAUAGAUUUAUUGCCAAAAAAUGUCCAACGUGUGAUAGCAGUGGCAUUGUUGUUUGAUCUUUAUAGAGGAGAAACUCUGGCCUCGACACCAUUUGCUCCUAUUUUUGUCCAAGUUUUAAAAUUUCAAGAAGAUACAAGUAAUGGAGUAUCAAAGGCUAAUUUUUCAGAACAUAUACUAGUUUUAUCACAAUGUGAAAAAAAUCUUUUAAUAAGUUUACUGGGUUAUAAUCAAAAGGACAUUUUAAAGAAAACUCCAAGGCAAAUUGUGGAUGAAUUGUAUUUUGUAUCUGCACCACCUAUUGACUUAAGUAAUUUGCAAGUACAACUAGCAGAGCGCCAUUCAGAAUUACCUUCCAUUGCCAAGUGUGGAAAUUCUGUGAUCUUAUCUGAUAUGGAUCAUUCUAAAGUAACAGAGAUUGAUAAAAAUGCAACAAAAAGCAUGACUGAAGUUUUAAUUGCCAAUGAUCCACCUUUAUAUAGUCAAAGUUAUCAACCUGAAUUUUUACGAUUAGUACCUCCUCUGUAUCGCUCAGUUGACGAAUUACCAUGGUUUAAUGUUACAGAACCAUCUCAAUUUACAAUUGAAUAUGACACUAAUAUGUGUGUUUCAAAUUGUGCUGGUGCAGAAGCUCGUAGAUUAAUGGGCAAGGCAUUUAAAAGUGUAUUGACAUUACAGCAACAACAGCAUCUUGUUAAUGAAUUAGACAGAGAUCCAAAAUUGGUAUAUCACAUUGGUCUUACUCCAGGAAAACUACCAGAUUUAGUUGAAAAUAACCCUUUGAUAGCAAUUGAAGUUUUGUUAAAACUGAUGCAAUCAAGUCAAAUAACAGAAUAUUUUAGUGUUUUGGUAAAUAUGGAAAUGUCACUUCAUUCAAUGGAAGUGGUCAAUAGACUAACUACUACUGUAGAUUUACCUACGGAAUUUGUUCAUUUAUACAUUAGUAAUUGUAUCUCUACUUGUGAAACUAUAAAAGAUCGUUAUAUGCAGAAUCGUUUAGUGCGUUUAGUUUGUGUCUUCUUGCAAUCUUUAAUCAGGAACAAAAUUAUAAAUGUGAAAGAACUUUUUAUCGAAGUGCAAGCUUUUUGCAUAGAAUUUAGCCGUAUUAGGGAAGCUGCAGCUCUCUUUCGUUUACUUAAACAACUAGAAUCUGGUGAUAUUGGUGGAUUAAAUGCACCACCCACUAACAAUAAAUUGGAUAUGUGUUAAUAUCAUUAUAAUGGAUAUUUAGAAAAUUUUAACUAAUAUUUUGAUUAUUCAAUUUACAAUAAAUUAAAAAAUAUGAUUUGACAAUGCAUAUUUUUGCAAUUGAAAAUUA